UGGUGGCGGCGGCGGCGGCGGCGGCGGCGGCGGCGGCGGCGGCAGCGGUAGCCUCAGCUCCUGCUCCCCGUGCCGCCGGCCCCAGCGCUGUCUCCCGGGCCCCCCCGGGCCCCCGGGCCCUCGAGCCCGGUGCGCGCCCUCGCGUCCCGCCGGCCCCCUCCCCCGGCUGGGCCCGGGGGAGGGUGGCGCCGUGAGCGAGCGGGGACCGGGCUCUCCUGCCCCUUCCCCUGCCCCUGGGCCGCCAGGAUGGAGGCGGGGUCGGGGCCCCCGGGCGGUCCGGGAUCCGAGAGCCCCAACCGGGCGGUGGAGUACCUGCUGGAGCUGAACAACAUCAUUGAGAGCCAGCAGCAGCUGCUGGAGACCCAGCGGCGGCGCAUUGAAGAACUGGAGGGCCAGCUGGACCAGCUCACCCAGGAGAACCGCGACCUGAGGGAGGAGAGCCAGCUGCACCGCGGGGAGCUGCUCCGGGACCCCCACGGCGCGCGGGAUAGCCCCGGCCGCGAAAGCCAGUACCAGAACCUGCGCGAGACCCAGUUCCACCACCGCGAGCUGCGGGAGAGCCAGUUCCACCAGGCGGCCCGGGACGUGGGCUACCCGAACCGGGACGGCGCCUACCAGAACCGGGAGGCAGUGUAUCGGGACAAGGAGCGGGACGCCGCCUAUCCGCUCCAGGACACUACCGGCUACCCAGCCCGCGAGCGCGACGUGGCCCAGUGCCACCUGCACCACGAGAACCCAGCCCUGGGUCGCGAGCGUGGCGGGCGGGAGACCGUGCCAGCGCACCCGGGCCGUGAGAAGGAAGCCGGCUAUUCAGCUGCGGUGGGCGUGGGGCCCCGGCCACCGCGGGAGCGGGGCCAGCUGAGCCGUGGCGCAUCCAGGAGCUCCAGCCCCGGGGCCGGUGGCGGCCACAGCACCAGUACCAGCACCAGCCCGGCCACAACCCUCCAGAGAAAAUCUGAUGGUGAGAAUUCCAGGACAGUCAGGUCCACAGCGUCUCAUACUCUACACCAGUAUUGCUGUCCUACUCAGGUCCUUGACUCCAUGAAGCUUACCCCCUCAGGCAGGCUGGCAGAGAGCAGUGUGGAGGGUGAUGCCCCAGGCAGUGACCUGAGCACAGCGGUUGAUAGUCCUGGGAGCCAACCCCCCUACCGGCUGAGCCAGAUGCCCCCCACCAGCAGCCACAUGGGGGGCCCCCCAACUGGGGUGGGCCUUCCCUGGGCUCAGCGAGCUCGCCUCCAGCCAGCCAGUGUCGCCCUGAGGAAGCAAGAGGAGGAGGAGAUAAAGCGCUCCAAGGCCCUAUCGGACAGCUACGAACUCUCCACGGACCUGCAGGACAAGAAGGUGGAAAUGCUGGAGAGGAAGUAUGGGGGCUCCUUCCUGAGCCGCAGGGCCGCCAGGACCAUCCAGACAGCCUUUCGCCAGUACCGCAUGAACAAGAACUUUGAGCGGCUCCGCAGCUCGGCUUCAGAAAGCCGCAUGUCCCGCCGCAUCAUUCUUUCCAAUAUGCGGAUGCAGUUCUCCUUUGAGGAGUAUGAGAAGGCACAGAACCCCGCGUACUUCGAGGGCAAGCCUGCCUCGCUGGACGAGGGUGCCAUGGCUGGUGCCCGGAGCCACCGGCUUGAACGAGGGCUCCCAUAUGGAGGCUCCUGUGGAGGGGGCAUCGAUGGUGGGGGAAGCUCUGUCACCACAUCUGGAGAGUUUUCCAAUGACAUCACAGAGCUCGAAGACUCCUUCUCCAAACAGGUAAAGUCUCUGGCUGAGUCCAUUGAUGAGGCCCUGAACUGCCACCCAUCAGGGCCCAUGUCUGAGGAGCCAGGGUCAGCCCAACUGGAGAAGCGAGAGUCAAAGGAACAGCAAGAGGACAGCUCAGCCACGUCCUUCAGUGACCUUCCCCUCUACUUGGAUGACCCAGUUCCCCCACCAUCCCCUGAGCGACUGCCUAGCACAGAGCCCCCACCCCAGGGCCGGCCUGAGUUCUGGGCGCCAGCCCCUCUCCCACCAGUUCCUCCACCAGUGCCACCAGGGACCCGGGAAGACGGUGCCCGUGAGGAAGGCACUCGCAGGGGUCCUGGGUGCUUGGAGUGCCGGGAUUUCCGGCUGCGGGCCGCCCACCUUCCCCUGCUUACCAUUGAGCCUCCUAGUGACAGCUCCGUGGACCUGAGUGACCGCUCAGAUCGCGGGUCUGUCCACCGCCAGCUGGUGUAUGAGGCUGAUGGCUGCAGCCCCCAUGGGACCCUGAAGCACAAGGGGCCACCAGGCAGGGCCCCAAUCCCACACCGCCACUACCCAGCCCCAGAGGGCCCAGCCCCAGCCCCGCCAGGGCCCCUGCCACCAGCCCCCAACAGUGGCACUGGGCCCAGUGGUGUGGCUGGGGGUCGGAGGUUGGGGAAGUGCGAGGCAGCAGGCGAGAACUCUGAUGGUGGAGAUAAUGAGAGCCUGGAGAGCUCCAGCAAUUCCAAUGAGACCAUCAACUGCAGCUCUGGCUCCUCUUCGAGGGACAGCCUGAGAGAGCCUCCAGCCACAGGCCUGUGCAAGCAGACUUACCAGCGGGAGACGAGGCACAGCUGGGACUCACCAGCCUUUAACAACGACGUGGUGCAGAGGCGGCACUACCGAAUUGGCCUCAACCUCUUCAACAAGAAGCCAGAGAAGGGUAUCCAGUAUCUGAUCGAGCGGGGCUUCCUGUCAGACACACCGGUGGGAGUGGCUCACUUUAUCCUGGAACGGAAAGGCCUGAGCCGGCAGAUGAUAGGGGAAUUCCUAGGGAACCGGCAGAAGCAGUUCAACAGAGAUGUGUUGGACUGUGUGGUGGAUGAGAUGGACUUCUCCUCCAUGGAUUUGGAUGAUGCACUCCGGAAGUUCCAAUCCCAUAUCCGGGUCCAAGGCGAGGCCCAGAAAGUGGAGCGACUUAUCGAAGCCUUCAGCCAGCGGUAUUGUGUCUGUAACCCAGCCCUUGUGCGCCAGUUCCGGAACCCAGACACCAUCUUCAUCCUUGCUUUUGCUAUCAUCCUCCUCAAUACCGACAUGUACAGUCCCAGCGUCAAGGCUGAACGCAAGAUGAAACUAGAUGACUUCAUCAAGAACCUGAGAGGGGUUGACAACGGUGAAGACAUCCCCCGAGACCUCUUGGUGGGCAUCUACCAGCGAAUCCAGGGGCGUGAACUGCGGACCAAUGAUGACCAUGUGUCCCAGGUGCAGGCCGUGGAGCGCAUGAUUGUUGGCAAGAAACCGGUCUUGUCUCUUCCUCACCGUCGACUGGUUUGCUGCUGUCAACUCUACGAGGUGCCAGAUCCAAACCGCCCCCAGAGGCUAGGGUUGCAUCAGCGGGAAGUCUUUCUCUUCAACGAUCUCCUCGUGGUCACCAAAAUUUUCCAGAAGAAGAAGAUCUUGGUGACGUACAGCUUCCGUCAGUCCUUUCCUCUGGUGGAAAUGCACAUGCAGCUCUUCCAGAAUUCAUACUACCAGUUUGGGAUCAAGUUGCUGUCUGCAGUACCUGGCGGGGAGCGCAAAGUCCUCAUCAUCUUCAAUGCCCCCAGCCUCCAGGACCGGCUGCGCUUCACAUCUGACUUGCGUGAGUCCAUUGCCGAGGUGCAGGAGAUGGAGAAAUACCGCGUGGAGUCGGAGCUAGAGAAGCAGAAAGGUAUGAUGCGGCCUAAUGCCUCACAGCCCGGAGGGGCCAAGGACUCAGUGAAUGGCACGCUGGCCCGCAGCAGCCUGGAGGACACAUAUGGGGCAGGCGAUGGGCUCAAACGGGGCGCACUCAGCAGUUCUCUGCGAGACCUCUCCGAUGCAGGGAAGCGGGGGCGGCGUAACAGCGUGGGAUCGCUGGACAGCACCAUCGAAGGGUCUGUUAUUAGCAGUCCACGCCCUCACCAGAGGAUGCCACCUCCGCCCCCACCCCCGCCGCCAGAGGAGUACAAGAGCCAGAGACCGGUCUCCAACUCCUCAUCUUUCCUGGGCUCCCUGUUUGGAAGCAAGCGGGGCAAGGGGCCCUUCCAGAUGCCACCACCGCCAACAGGCCAGGCUUCUGCUUCCUCUUCAUCUGCUUCUUCCACCCACCACCACCACCACCACCACCACCAUGGUCACAGCCACGGUGGCCUGGGGGUGCUGCCUGAUGGGCAGUCCAAGCUCCAGGCCCUGCAUGCCCAGUAUUGCCAAGGACCAGGCCCCGCCCCGCCACCCUACCUCCCACCCCAGCAACCCCCUCUCCCCCCACCUCCUCAGCAGCCCCCGCCCCUGCCCCAGCUGGGUUCCAUUCCACCACCUCCCGCCUCAGCCCCACCUGUGGGGCCACACCGCCACUUCCAUGCCCAUGGCCCAGUCCCAGGCCCCCAGCACUAUACUUUGGGCCGGCCAGGCAGGGCUCCUAGACGGGGGGCUGGAGGACACCCUCAGUUUGCUCCACAUGGCCGCCACCCCCUGCACCAGCCCACAUCCCCAUUGCCCCUGUACAGUCCUGCCCCCCAGCACCCUCCAGCCCACAAACAGGGCCCCAAGCACUUCAUCUUCAGCCACCACCCACAGAUGAUGCCAGCAGCAGGGGCCACAGGGGGCCCUGGAUCCCGGCCACCAGGAGGCUCCUAUUCCCACCCUCACCACCCCCAGUCACCCUUGUCACCGCACUCACCCAUUCCACCCCACCCUUCCUACCCACCCCUGCCCCCCCCCUCACCCCAUACCCCACACUCACCCCUGCCACCCACCUCCCCCCAUGGCCCGCUGCACGCCUCUGGGCCCCCUGGCACAGCCAACCCACCCAGUGCAAACCCCAAGGCCAAGCCAAGCCGGAUCAGCACCGUAGUCUGAUGAACAGAGGGAGUGAGCUGGGGCCCAGGGAGGUCUGGGGAAUCCACAAGAGGUUCCCCAGUUUUUCCAAAAUAUAUAUACACAUAAAGAUG